GACUAUCAUCACAUCGCAGUGACGAUUUUCUUUUUUUUUUUCUGCUCGAGAGACUUCUGCAUCAAUGGCGGGGAUCGCAAGCCCUAGCCCUACGGCUCUUUACUUCACCAGUAAUCUCGGCACGAGGCGGUUAAAAGCUGUGAGCUGGUCUGGAAAGAGCUUUUCUGGUAAUGGAACUCGCCGGAGAAACCUGAGAGUUGCGGCUGAGGUGAAGUUUGUGAAUGCAGAGGAAGCAAAGCAGUUGAUAUCAAAGGAAGGUUACUCUGUGGUGGAUGUAAGAGACAAGACUCAGUUCGAGAGAGCUCAUAUAAAGUCUUGCCACCAUAUCCCUCUCUUCAUUUUCAAUGAAGACAACGAUCUUGGUACGAUUAUAAAGAGGACAGUGCAUAACAACUUCUCAGGGCUAUUCUUUGGUUUGCCUUUCACAAAGCUGAAUCCAGAGUUCGUUAAAUCAGUUAGAAACGAGUUUUCACAGGACAGUAAACUAUUACUAGUUUGCCAAGAAGGUCUCAGAUCUGCAGCUGCAGCUAGUAGAUUGGAGGAAGCAGGUUUUGAUAACAUAGCUUGUGUAACAUCAGGGCUACAAUCUGUAAAACCAGGGACAUUUGAAUCGGUUGGUUCAACGGAGUUGCAGAAUGCAGGCAAGGCAGGGCUUAUUACAAUUCAAGGGAAGAUCUCAGCUGUCUUGGGAACAGUGCUCGUCUGUGCUUUGUUGUUCAUAACGUUCUUCCCUGACCAAGCAGAGAAGCUGUUUCCUUCAAGCUAAAGACAAGAGAACAACAACUAUUGAUUCAGAGAAGUUUUUCAGAGUUUCAGAUUGUUUGUACGUAGAUGGUUAAGAGAAAAUAAAAAAUCUUACAAUAUUUGAAUUUUAAGGAGUUACAAAGUUGUUACAUGCUUUAUAAGAAUUG